AUGCAGUCCGACAGAGUGCUUCGCAUACAAGUCAUCCACCAGAGUGAAGUGACUGCUCAAAUCGCUGGUGAGUCCCUCGGACGGGAGAACGUCGAGGGAGUCCCGGGUGGCCAGGCGGGCGCCGGCAAACCGCCCCUGCGGGUCUCCUGCCUGGACAACUCCUCGGGGGUCGCGAUGAUGCCCAAGGAGGACCUUUAUCCCGAGAUAGUGGCACUGUCUGAGGAGCCGCUCAGCAUGGCCGGCCGGAAGUGCAACACCAUCUACAAGGGCUUUGCGGAUUGCCUGAUCAGCCUCGGGGACAGCAUGUCUCAGAGUGUUCAGCAACAGCAGGACGAGAGCAGCCAAGAACUGCAGGAGUUGGAGACCAUUUGCAAGUCCUGGGAUGACUUCCACACCUGUGCCAGCCAGGUGCUGUCCCGAUGCCCCGACGAGGCAGCAGCCAUCUGGGAGUCGCUUCGGCAAGAGUCCCGGAAGUUCCAGUUCCAAGGAAACCUCCACGACCUGUGUAGCUCGCGGGCCCAGCCGGCUGGCAACGGAAGAGCUCUGGAUGUGGAUGAAACCAACAAGGAAACCCUGCGGGGGUCGGCCCGGCUUCCGCGGCCCAGCCUCUGGGGCAGCCUGACUCUCGUGACUCUACUGCUCGCUUUGGCGCCUUUGGCCUAG